AUUUUUUUAAAAGUAUAUACAGUGCAUAGUAUACUCAUUAACUACAGGUAAAAUUAAGAUGGUAAAACUCGCGUUUAUUUAAAUGUACGGGCGUCUCCUCUGGCGCGUCAUUAGUAUUUAUAAAUAGAUAGGCACAUGUAAUAGAUGGAAGUAACCACGAUGUCCCCUAAAGUCUAUGUUGUAUUUCUAAGAAUACAUAAUAUUUUAAUUAUUCACAUUUUGGCUAUUCAUGUAUAAUAUACAAAUUACAAAAAUAGUUCAUAAUUGUUUGUCUCGUUAUUUUUAAUUUUGAUUUUUAAUUUUUGAACAUUAGCCGAUAUUUUUUUGCUUCCAAACAUUGCUGAAGAUCGUACAUUAUGGGUGGGGGACUUUGUAAAAUCAAAUUAUCCAGUAUCCACCCAUAACAUAAGAUCAGACGAUCCAUUCCUUCAUUAUAACAUUGCUCUUAUUCAAUUAAAAUAACAAUCAAUAUCAGCUGAAAAUAAAAGCUGAACGUUAAUUGAAAAUGAGCCAUUUUACCCUUUUUUAUUUUUAAAUUUUAUUAGCAAUCAUAAAAGGUGAAUUACUCGUCUGAACGAUUACGAGCCAAUGCUACAAUUUAACCCAAACAAUGCAAUGACGUCAGUUCCAUAAAGGUAACAUAAAGUAGGUCAUUCUCAUGUUUUGUUUAUGGCACGAAUAGUUUCAGUAGUCAUACGCAGUUAUUUUCUUUUACGAAUCCAUUGAACGUGUGUUGAUAAUAAUUGAUAUUUUCUAGGGCACAAGACUUGAGCAACUAAAAGCGAACAGGUUGUGUUAAACAUUGUAGCGUCCUUCUCGAAUAAAAACUUUAAUAAGAAAAAAAAACACCAAAAUGGGUAAACAAAAUAGCAAACUAAAACCAGAGGUCUUAGAAGAUCUGAAGCAAAACACUGAGUUUUCAGAUGCCGAAAUACAGGAAUGGUACAAAGGAUUUUUAAAAGAUUGUCCAAGUGGACAUCUGUCUGUAGAGGAAUUUAAGAAAAUAUACGGGAAUUUCUUCCCGUACGGGGAUGCAAGUAAGUUCGCAGAACACGUGUUUCGAACGUUCGACGCGAACGGCGACGGCACGAUAGAUUUUCGGGAGUUCCUGUGUGCGCUGAGCGUGACGUCACGCGGCAAGCUCGAACAGAAGCUGAAGUGGGCCUUCUCCAUGUACGACCUCGACGGCAACGGGUACAUAUCCCGGCAGGAGAUGCUCGAGAUUGUUACUGCGAUCUACAAAAUGGUCGGAUCAGUGAUGAAGAUGCCGGAAGACGAGUCGACACCGGAAAAGAGGACGGACAAAAUAUUCCGGCAGAUGGACCGGAACAAGGACGGGAAGCUCUCCCUGGAGGAGUUCAUAGAGGGCGCCAAGAGUGACCCCUCAAUUGUCCGGCUGCUCCAGUGUGACCCACAGUCGCAGUGAUACCCUAAAUAUUAAUGUCUUUAUGAACCACUCUUAUCCACACGUCUAAGUAUGAACCUAUUGUAAUAUAUCACCCUUAUUACUGUGCUUGUAAGAGCUAGUGCGCGUUGUAAGCGUUGGUUGCACAAAUCAUCCAUUAUGGACGUACGUCUUGAUGCUUGAUGCUUGAUCGGAUUGUUAUGAGUUUGUGUAAUGGCCGAGUGUUGUAUUUGAACGAAAUGUUUAUAAUCCCAAUGUGUUUAUCCGUAUUUUUUUUUUAUUUGUGUACGUCAAAAUUAAUGUUAAACUUUUGUUUGUCAACGAUCGUGAUAUCGGGCUGUGAAAAGAUUAGUGUAAAAUUUUAUUAAACGGCACGUUGUUUAUUUCGAGACGUUAAACCUUACACUCACGAUCGCGUUGAUGUAAUAUUGGAUUGUUAUGAGAUCUGAUUGUUUUGUGUUUUAAAUUAUGAAUCUUAUGAAUAAAUAUAUAUAUACAAGACCAGUACGGUUAACAUAGUGAUUUGAACGAAUAUAAUGUAAUUGCAAAUAUGUAAAUUCUAGAUUAUAACUAUGUUAACAUCUUAAAUGUUAGCAAUCUUAAAUGUUAGCAAUUAGAUGAUGCAUAUUUGAUUAAUGAAUCUGUAUAAGCGCUGGUCUGUGUAAAAUAUUUAUCGGAUGUAAUUAUUUGAGCGAAUCAAGCAUCAGGACAAUGUGUGCGGCCAUGUUGUUUAUAGUGUUUAAAUAUCUUCCCCGUAUCUAGGUAGGUAAUACACACCGUUUCUACCCAUCGCGGUAUCUGCUUCCGUAUAAGCGGGCUGCUGGCCUCUAUUCCAAUAGUUUGUAAAAUGUGUAUUGUCUAACCAUUUUAGACUUUAAUAUUAGCUUAUUUUUUAUAGUAAUUUAAAACGUCGUACCUAUUACAGAAGGUUGCCUUUACCAUCAGUCUCGAUUAUUUAACGCAUUAGGUUAGUGAGUUCGAAGCGAAUUAGCAACAACACGCUAAACAGAUCCGUUUUUGUAGAACAAAGUCUUUCCAGUAACGUUAUGUAUUUUAUUAAAUAAUAUGUAUGGACGUACCAGUGAAAUGAUUGUUUAGAAUAUCUUCCAUAUUCGAUAGUG